UCAGCAGCCUGGGAUUGGGCAGGGCUGGCUGCCAGAAGGGGCAGUGGGUCGCAGUCAUUGGAAGUCUGCAAGGAUCGCGUGCCUACUGCUCAGGCAUGUUAAAGAGGGGGAUUGGCGGUCAGGCCCGCCGGGGGUCUGCACGUCCAGUCAACCCCCCGCCCCCACCAGUUCGGGGAGGCUGCUUGCUCUCUGGGCCCAGUGACUCAGGACUUGGAGCGCUUCCUCCCAGCCUCCUCGCCUCCCUGCCUCCUUCUCUUUGGAGUGGGGCCCGGCUGUCAACCGGCUAGUGAGCUCCGGGUGUCGCAAGCCAGUUCAUGGGUCAGGCUGCACGGACAAGAUGACCUUUCUCAAGGGCCCACAGCCCCCCUCCCCUGGGUACCCUCCUUGUUAGCUCGGGCUCCCGAGCCACCAGGGUGCGCUGUGUAGGUGUCCCCAAGAAUUCUCCCUCCAGCUCCGGAGCUCCGGCCCCCCUUUGCUUCUAUAGGCUCGGGACGCUUGGGAUUCUCGUUUCCCAUUGGCUGGAGGUGGUGCCAGUUUCUCAAGUUGGGAGGCAGGCCCGGGUGACGCGCCCAGGGACGAGGGCGGUGCCUGCGGCUCGAGGGAGCGAGGGCGGGGCGGGGCUUGGGGUGGAUCCGCCGCUGUCUCCUUCGCUGUCUGCCGCCUUCGCCGCCGCCUCUACCCGGGCCAGUGUGAUCGCAGCCGUCUUGGAAGUAGCACCCAACCCCGUAGCCGCGUCCCUGCCUCCCUCUGUGCCCCCGCGUCGCCCCUGGGAUGCGGGGCCGCACCUCGCCAUGACGGGCUUGGGUCGCCCCGCUCUCCGGCUCCGGCUCCAACCCCAGGCAGCGGCUCCUCUAGGGGUGGUGCUGCGGCGCGGCGCCGCUGUCCGACCCGGCGCCUGCUGACUGCGGCCCCCGCUUCUCCUCCUUCUCCUUCUCCGCCGCCGCGCCCACGCCCAGGCUCGGCUCUUCGUCCGGAGGAAAUUUUGGACAUAACUUUGAAAGAAGACUUCUUUUGAACUAUUUGAACUACAUAUAAUUAGCCCAUCAGAAUGUCAGGAGCCUCAGUGAAGGUGGCCGUUCGGGUCAGGCCCUUCAAUUCCCGAGAGACCAGCAAAGAAUCCAAAUGUAUCAUUCAGAUGCAAGGCAAUUCAACCAGUAUUGUCAACCCAAAGAACCCAAAGGAAGCGCCAAAGUCCUUCAGCUUUGACUACUCCUACUGGUCUCACACCUCGCCUGAAGAUCCCUGUUUUGCAUCUCAGAAUCGUGUGUACAAUGACAUUGGAAAGGAAAUGCUCUUACAUGCCUUUGAAGGCUACAACGUUUGUAUUUUUGCCUAUGGACAGACAGGUGCUGGAAAAUCCUAUACAAUGAUGGGCAAACAGGAAGAAAGUCAGGCGGGCAUCAUCCCACAGUUAUGUGAAGAACUCUUUGAGAAAAUCAAUGAUAACAGUAAUGAGGAGAUGUCUUACUCUGUGGAGGUGAGUUACAUGGAAAUUUACUGUGAGAGGGUACGAGAUUUGCUGAAUCCAAAAAACAAGGGUAAUUUGAGAGUCCGAGAGCAUCCUCUUCUUGGACCCUAUGUGGAAGACUUAUCUAAGCUGGCAGUUACUUCUUAUACGGAUAUUGCAGACCUCAUGGAUGCUGGGAACAAAGCCAGGACGGUGGCAGCUACCAACAUGAAUGAGACCAGUAGCCGUUCCCAUGCUGUAUUCACCAUUGUUUUUACUCAGAAGAAACACGAUUCUGAAACUAACCUCUCAACAGAGAAGGUCAGCAAGAUCAGUUUAGUGGAUCUGGCUGGAAGUGAAAGAGCUGACUCAACUGGUGCCAAAGGGACUCGAUUAAAGGAAGGAGCAAAUAUCAAUAAAUCUCUUACAACUCUUGGCAAAGUCAUUUCAGCCUUGGCAGAAGUGGAUAACUGCACCAGCAAGAGUAAAAAGAAGAAAAAAACAGAUUUUAUUCCAUAUAGAGAUUCUGUUCUGACUUGGCUUCUUCGAGAGAAUCUAGGUGGAAACUCUCGGACUGCUAUGGUUGCUGCCCUCAGCCCAGCAGAUAUCAACUAUGAUGAAACUCUCAGCACUUUAAGAUAUGCAGAUCGUGCAAAACAAAUUAAAUGCAAUGCUGUCAUCAAUGAAGAUCCCAAUGCCAAGCUGGUUCGUGAACUGAAAGAGGAGGUCACAAGACUGAAAGACCUCCUGCGGGCUCAAGGGCUGGGAGAUAUCAUUGAUAUUGAUCCAUUGGUCGAUGAUUACUCUGGAAGUGGAGGCAAAUAUCUGAAAGAUUUUCAGAACAAUAAGCAUAGGUACUUGCUAGCCUCUGAGAAUCAACGCCCUGGCAAUUUUUCCACAGCAUCCAUGGGGUCCCUUACAACAUCUCCAUCUUCCUGCUCACUAAGUAGUCAGGUGGGCUUAACAUCUGUGACGAGUAUUCAGGAGAGAAUAAUGUCAACUCCUGGAGGAGAAGAGGCCAUUGAACGUCUUAAGGAAUCUGAGAAGAUUAUUGCUGAAUUGAAUGAAACAUGGGAAGAGAAGCUUCGAAAAACAGAGGCCAUCAGGAUGGAGAGAGAGGCCUUAUUAGCUGAAAUGGGAGUUGCUAUUCGGGAAGAUGGAGGAACCCUGGGUGUCUUUUCACCAAAAAAGACACCUCAUCUUGUUAACCUCAAUGAAGAUCCACUCAUGUCUGAAUGCCUGCUUUACUACAUCAAAGAUGGCAUCACACGGGUUGGCCAAGCAGAUGCUGAGCGGCGCCAAGACAUUGUGCUCAGUGGGGCUCACAUUAAAGAGGAGCACUGUCUCUUCCGGAGUGAGAAGAAUCAGAGCGGUGAAGUUAUUGUGACUCUAGAACCUUGUGAGCGUUCAGAAACUUAUGUAAAUGGAAAGAGGGUUGUCCAACAUGUGCAGCUACGCUCUGGAAAUCGCAUAAUCAUGGGCAAAAAUCAUGUUUUUCGUUUCAACCAUCCGGAGCAAGCACGGGCUGAACGUGAAAAGACCCCAUCAGCUGAGACACCUUCUGAACCAGUUGACUGGACAUUUGCCCAGAGAGAGCUUCUGGAGAAACAAGGCAUUGAUAUGAAACAGGAGAUGGAAAAAAGGCUCCAGGAAAUGGAAAUCUUGUAUAAGAAAGAGAAAGAGGAAGCUGACCUCUUAUUGGAGCAGCAGAGACUGGAUUAUGAGAGUAAAUUGCAGGCCCUGCAGAAGCAGGUUGAGACCCGCUCACUUACUGCCGAAACCACUGAAGAGGAGGAGGAAGAAGAAGAAGUCCCCUGGACACAACAUGAAUUUGAGCUGGCACAGUGGGCAUUCCGGAAAUGGAAAUUUCACCAGUUUACCUCAUUAAGAGAUCUGCUCUGGGGAAAUGCAGUUUACCUGAAGGAAGCCAAUGCUAUCAGUGUUGAGUUGAAGAAGAAGGUGCAGUUCCAGUUUGUUCUGCUCACCGACACUCUCUACUCCCCUUUGCCACCUGAGCUGCUGCCUCCUGAGAUGGAGAAAACUCAGGAAGAAAGGCCAUUCCCUCGUACAGUUGUGGCUGUGGAAGUGCAGGAUCUGAAAAAUGGAGCAACACAUUACUGGUCUUUGGAGAAACUCAGACAAAGACUGGAACUGAUGCGAGAAAUGUAUGACAGGGCAGGAGAAAUGGCUUCCAAUGCCCAGGAUGACGGAGAGACAACAAUGACUGGCAGUGACCCAUUUUAUGAUCGGUUCCAUUGGUUUAAACUGGUGGGAAGCUCCCCCAUUUUCCACGGCUGUGUGAAUGAGCGCCUUGCUGACCGUACGCCUUCCCCCACUUUUUCCACGGCCGAUUCCGACAUCACUGAGCUGGCUGAUGAGCAACAAGAUGAAAUGGAGGACUUUGAUGAUGAGGCAUUCGUGGAUGAUACUGGCUCUGACGCAGGGACGGAGGAGGGAUCAGAUCUCUUCAGUGAUGGGCACGACCCGUUUUACGACCGAUCCCCUUGGUUCAUUUUAGUGGGAAGGGCAUUUGUCUACCUGAGUAAUCUGUUGUACCCAGUACCCCUGAUUCACAGAGUGGCUGUCGUCAGUGAAAAAGGGGAAGUUCGGGGAUUUCUGCGUGUGGCAGUACAGGCUAUUGCAGCUGAUGAAGAAGCUCCUGAUUAUGGCUCUGGAAUUCGGCAGUCAGGAACAGCUAAAAUAUCGUUUGAUAAUGAAUAUUUUAAUCAGAGUGAUUUCUCAUCAGUUGCCAUGACCCGCUCAGGGCUGUCCCUUGAGGAACUUAGGAUUGUGGAAGGGCAGGGUCAGAGCUCUGACAUUAUUACUCCUCCAGAAGAAAUCAUUCGAGGGAAUGAACCAGACUUGAAGUCAGGCACUUUGCUAGAUGGCAAAAUGGUGAUGGAAGGAUUUCCUGAAGAGGUUGGAGAGCAUCUCAAACUGGGCAGUGCAUUCACUUUCCGUGUGACGGUAUUGCAAGCCAGUGGUAUUCUCCCAGAGUAUGCAGACAUAUUCUGCCAGUUCAACUUCUUACAUCGUCAUGAUGAAGCCUUCUCUACAGAACCCCUAAAAAACAAUGGCAGAGGAAGUCCUCUCGGCUUUUAUCAUGUUCAGAAUAUUGCAGUGGAGGUAACUGAAUCCUUUGUGGACUACAUCAAGACCAAGCCUAUAGUAUUUGAGGUUUUUGGGCAUUACCAGCAACACCCUCUUCAUCUUCAGGGACAGGAGCUUCACAGUCCUCCUCAACCAUCCCGGCGAUUCUUCCCUCCACCCAUGCCACUCUCCAAACCAGUACCAGCAACAAAGUUGAACACUAUGAGCAAAACCAGCUUGGGCCAGAGCAUGAGCAAAUAUGACCUUCUCGUCUGGUUCGAGAUCAGUGAACUGGAGCCUACCGGAGAGUAUAUCCCAGCUGUGGUGGAUCAUACUGCAGGCCUUCCCUGUCAAGGAACAUUUCUGCUUCACCAGGGUAUCCAGCGUAGAAUCACAGUGACCAUAAUCCAUGAGAAAGGCAGUGAGCUCCAUUGGAAAGAUGUUCGAGAGCUGGUGGUGGGUCGAAUCAGGAAUAAAGCUGAGGUAGAUGAAGCUGCCGUUGAUGCCAUUCUCUCUCUGAACAUUAUCUCUGCCAAGUAUCUGAAGUCUUCCCACAACUCUAGCAGGACCUUCUAUCGUUUUGAGGCUGUGUGGGACAGCUCUUUGCAUAACUCCCUCCUACUGAACAGAGUGACCCCCUAUGGAGAGAAGAUCUACAUGACGCUGUCGGCAUACCUGGAGCUUGACCACUGCAUUCAGCCAGCUGUGAUCACUAAGGAUGUCUGUAUGGUCUUCUAUUCAAGAGAUGCCAAGAUCUCACCACCACGCUCUCUUCGAAGUCUAUUCGGGAGCGGCUACUCGAAGUCCCCAGACUCAAACCGUGUAACUGGAAUUUAUGAACUCAGUUUAUGCAAAAUGGCAGACACGGGAAGUCCUGGUAUGCAAAGGAGGAGAAGGAAAGUUUUGGACACUUCUGUGGCGUAUGUCCGGGGAGAAGAGAACCUAGCAGGUUGGCGACCCAGAGGAGACAGCCUUAUUCUUGAGCAUCAGUGGGAACUGGAGAAACUAGAACUUCUACAUGAGGUAGAGAAGACUCGUCACUUCCUGCUGCUCCGUGAGAAGCUUGGUGAUAGCAUCCCCAAGUCCCUGAGUGAUUCACUGUCUCCCAGCCUCAGCAGUGGGACCCUGAGCACCUCCACCAGCAUCUCUUCUCAAAUCUCCACCACCACCUUGGAGAGCGCAGUCACACCAAGUGAGAGCAGUGGGUACGACUCAGCUGACAUCGAGAGUCUGGUAGAUCGGGAGAAGGAGCUGGCUACCAAGUGCCUACAACUUCUCACCCAUACUUUCAACCGAGAAUUUAACCAGGUACACAGUAGCAUCAGUGACUGUAAGUUGUCUGAUAUUUCUCCAAUUGGGCGAGACCCGUCAGUGUCGAGUUUCAGCAGUGCCACUCUCACCCCUUCAUCUACCUGCCCUUCUCUGGUAGACUCAAGGUGCAGCUCAGUGGACCAGAAGACCCCAGAAGCUAAUUCUCGAGCCUCUAGUCCCUGCCCAGAGUAUGAACAGUUCCAGUUGGUCCCAACAGUAGAGACUCCCUUCUUGGCUAGAGCUGGGAAAAAUGAAUUCCUCAACCUCGUUCCAGAUAUUGAAGAAAUUAGACCUGGCUCAGUGGUCUCUAAGAAGGGAUACCUCCAUUUUAAGGAACCAUAUUCCAGCAAUUGGGCUAAACAUUUUGUAGUGGUACGACGUCCAUACGCUUUCAUCUACAACAGUGACAAAGACCCAGUCGAGCGAGGGAUCAUAAAUUUAUCUACAGCCCAAGUGGAAUACAGUGAGGACCAACAGGCUAUGGUGAAGACAUCCAAUACCUUCGCUGUGUUCACAAAGCACCGGGGCAUCCUUCUGCAAGCUAUCAACGAGAAAGACAUGAAUGACUGGUUAUAUGCCUUUAACCCACUCCUUGCUGGCACAAUACGGUCAAAACUGUCUCGCAGACGCACAGGUCCAUUGAAAUACUAACCAGAUGCUGCAGAGCCCCUCCCUCGCCUUCAGACAGAGAAAAAGGGUUACCUCAUUCUCUUUGUGCUUCUUGACGGUUUUCUUGUACGUGCUCCUGUGGCUUAACUACUGCUUUGUCCCCAUCCAGUGUUUGGUUAUUUUUUUUUUUGGUUUUUUUUUUCUAGCCCUCUUGUUCCCCAGCCCUUCUUGCUCUGUCCUCUUUUCAUUUCUCCUAUGCUGAGAAUAGUGCUUGUAGCAUGUGGUCAAACAAAAGGAAAAAUGGAAAAAAGAGGGGAUCCAGUGAAUCUCCAGUUUAUUUUUGUUGGGGGGGUGGGGGGGCCUUCAUUUUGGAUAAUUAGUUAGCUUUUCUGACCACCUCGGUGUCUGUACUGCUCUUUGGAUAUUUUUGUCUGUCUUCAAAAACUGCUUAUGACUUUUCUUCCCUUCUCCUGAUUUGUGGUAUGGUCACUACAGUUUUCCCCAGUGACCUCAGACUCCCCAGGUGGAAGGGAUCCAGCCCCUUUGUGACUUGGAUAAGGGCUCUUACUCUGCAAGAAACCACAGUUAGAUUGCUUUCUCUGGGUUUUGUUUUUCUUCCUUUUCCGGCUCUGGUUUAUCCUUCAGUUUCUUUCCAGACAAAGCGGCUAUAAUGCAAAUUGGACACUUCACUCUUUCUGAGAUUUAAUUGGAGCUCACCUGGAAUGAGAUCCUAUGAUAGUUUAGUUAAAGCUUGGGGGUGUUGGAGACAAAAGUAUUUUCAGAAGGCUUGAAGCAGUGGCUCAGGUAAGGAUGUCAAGAUGUCAGCUUGCAUGUCAGUGUGAUAUUGGGGUCCAAACCAUAUAGGCUGAAAGUAGGUAGACAAGAGCUCUACCAAGUCAUUACUCCCUCUAGAUCCUGUGCAGCUGGAAAAAUACAGUCUCUCUGAGCCCUAUGACUUCUGAGUAGGGAGGAAAGUGUAUUCACUGGCCUUGGCACUAGUAAUGUUACUGGGGUUGCCUUUUGGAAUCCAUGCGUGGCAGUUUGAGAAUUAGCCAGGGAGAAGGAAAGUUUCAUUUGUGAUGAAUGAUACUAAUAUUAAUAUUACUGUUGUUGAUAAGUUCAUAAUCAACCCAAGAAAACUCUUAUCACAAAGAGUUUUAGCUACAGAGUGAGGCCUGGCCGUCAUGAGCCCCUACAUGUGGUUCCACUGGCGUCAUCCAAAAAGGAGAAGAAUAUUCCCUCUGUAUCCAUAUAUACUUUUAGCAGGCCCCUGAGUUGGAGAGAGAGAGAGUAUGUGCGCCUUUCUUCUUAGCUAGAAGGUCUUGCUAGAACAGAAAAGAAGGAGCUCACUAUUGGGAAAGGAGAGGGCUGCUACUAAGCAAGGGCCUCGUGACCUCCAGGCAGUUUCAUUCUGAGGGCCAGUGUACCACUUUGAUCAGAUUUCGCCCCUGUUGUCCUAUGUGUUCUUUCAUUGGCCAUUGAGUUUUCCAGAAAUGACAGAAGAGAACAAAGGCCUUCCUUCAGGUUACCUCAAUUCAUUUACUAGAUGACUUUGUGCCAUGCUCUACUUCCUUCCAAAGCAGCCUCUCACUUUCACCAUAGCUGUGCUUGAGGACCAUGCCCUGGGAUCUCAACCUUGAGGUGGAUGGCCUCCCCCAACGGGGCAUGGAUAGAUUAUUGUCAUCGCAGCUGGGGGAGUCACUGCCAUCUCCGAAGAGUCGUUGCUCCAUAGGCUGUUCAUGACACAGUUAGAUCUCAUCCCUUCAGCACUAAGUUCCUCUGCUCUAACUGCCCUCCAAAUUAAGAGGGUGAACCAGUCUGAGAGCUUAGUACAAGCGGGAGAAGAAGGCAAAGGUGGUAACAUGUUAGGCCCCAUCUCUCUACCUUAACUGGAAAGAGAUCAGCUAAAACCCUCUAUCAUGGACUCCUUCUGCUCCCUGCUCCCCUUUGUUUUAUUAACUCUUUGUGAGAUCUUUACUGCACUCUCUGUAAUGAAUACAACAGAGUCCUGGGUAUGCAAACCACAGAUCUGAUCAUGCUGCCGAUGGCCUCCAAGGUCAAAGUUCAUCUGAUUUACUGAUGAAUGAAGAACAAAGUUCUUCAAAAAUGAAGUUCAACUGAGCAUUAAGUUCUAGGCUGAGGCUGUUGUGGUGUCUAACCCAGGGGGACAGAUCCAUCCCAGGUGUGGGUGGAAAAGGCCCAGAGGCAGUGAAAUCAAGUGGCACACUCAAGUGACCUGGGCUAGGUUUGGGUUUGUUUUAUUUUUAGUUUGUUUUUUUAAGUAGGAAAAACUAAUUGGGAAAGUCUUUGCUUUGGGUAAGUCAGAUAGAGAGCACAUCUAAGUGACUGGCACAUCUACACUGAUCACAGAUAAAAGACCUGUGUUUGAAAGCAAGAAAAAGCAAAAUGUGGCCAUGCUGUCACUUCUUAUCCCUACUCAAGUUACUUUUGCCCCCCCACCUGGCUGCGGGGCACAGCCUCUGUCUCCUUUUCUACGAGGAGCUCAUUUUGUUUCUGGAGACUUAAUUUAUGAACUACGCUCACUCCAUUCCCAGAUCCCCAGGAAAAGGACCUAAUGGCAGGGAUUGCCUUAUGAUGCUUUGAGGAGACAGACAUUUUGGUGGAAACAUAAAGUGAUUUUAAAUUAUUUGCUGCUCAGAUUUUCACAAAGCAAGCCCAAUUAGUCUUAGAUCCUUAAAAAAAAAAGUACUGUGAGAAUUAAAGGGGAAUAAUUGUAUGAUGGUAAAAAUUGGAAACUCCUUCCUCUCCUUUCCUUGUGCCCUUUCCUCUGCUCACACCUUCUUCUCCUUAAAAAGCAACAUUGCAUGUUCAGAAAUGCUACCUGAUUUUGUGCAGCCUGCUUGGGAGUCAGCCAGCUCUCAAGGCAGGGACCAUGCCAGGGGCCAGCCAACCCACUGACCAUGGCCACCAGCACAGAGAAGGCAACUAGAUUGGAACAUGCAACUUCAGUGACCUGGAAUACUUAAAUUGUUCAGGGAAACAAACGAUUCGGUAUAUGAAAAAUGAUUGUUCCUCAGCCAAGCAACAACCACUACGUGACAUUUGCAGCUCUUCUGCAGCUACAUAAAAUUUAUGAACCAUCAACACUUUAUAUUUUUUUUCCCAAUUCUAAGAAGAGGGGGAGGGGGAAAAAUCACUGUCAAAAAGGUUUUUUCAGACCAAAAAAAAGUAGAGUGACUUUCCUGGCACAUAUUUCAAAGCAAAGACUUUGCUGCCUGCUGCUUAUUAUCUAAUUUACAGGGAUAUUUAAUUUUGUUUUGUAAUGUAUUGUAUAUUUACAUAUCUGUAAUUAAUUGCACAUUAGACUGGAAAAAAGGAUUAUCCAGAGGUUAACACUGAUCAGUGUUCUGCGUUUGACUCCUACCGCCUGACCACCUCUGUUUCUAUUGUACAGCAUCACUUCUGUUUCGAUGAGCCUCCAUCUUUCCUUUUAGUUUUCUUCUCUUUUUAAAGGCCAGUUGUUAACCUGCUUCUUAAAAAGGAACCUAAUGCUGCUGUUCUCAGAAGGUUUGCUGAAUGAAUGUAUUUGAAAUAGGACUCUAACUUGUGUGCAUUGCAUCUGUCCUUCUGUGGCUACUAAUCAAUUACCCAAUGUUCCAAACCCUUCCUGGAUGUAGUGGGAAUGUAUUAACUUUGUGCUUCCUUGUUAAGUGGAAACAUCAGCUGUACCAUAAAGAAAGAGUUUUGUUGUUCAAAAGGCCAUUUAUGACAUUUUGUUCCAAGCCCCGGAAGAAAUUUGGGAAAACUGCCAGUUAUUCAAGAAAAAGAAAACUCGUGUAACUGGUAGUAAGUUUCUCUCCAGAAUCUACAACCAAGCAGCUGUGCUCAGACAGAAAGCUAGAGUAACAUUGGUGUUUGCCCACACCGUGGCUGCCGUGGGUUGUUUUCUCACGUCUGGCAUUAGUUCCCCUAUGUGGUUCCCUGCACACUCAUGUGUUUUGUGUAUUUUAGAUGUUGUGGCUAAAAAUGCUGUUGCCCACCCGUAUACCUGUCCCCUCUGCCAUCCUCUCACCCAACAACAGAAACCAUAACGCAUAAGUGGCCUUCUUGAACCGAUACUUUGCAAACGGAUCUCUGCCCCGUGAAGGAAUCAAGCACAUUAGCAAUGAUGUACAUGAUUAAUUUCAGAUUUCAUUUCCUAUUUUAUUUUGUAAAUAUAUCUGAUGUUCGGAGCUUCGGUAUACAAAAUGUAAAUAUAGUUCAUGUAUUUGUACUAAUUCUGAUUCAUUUGCUGUAUAGCCUUAGGUGUGCAAUGCAGACAUUAAAUAACUGUGUAUGGUAACCUUGCACCAUGGAACUGUUAGUGAACGAGGUAAAAUAAUAAAGGUACAACCAGUGCA